AUGCAGGCCGUUUUCGACGUCUAUGCCACCGGUCAAGUCAACGCCUCGCAGUUCACGAAAGGCCUCACCAGCGCCUUUCAACCAGCAUGGAGCCCCGACGGUCAAUGGCUUGUCUUCGGUCUGAGCUCGUGCUGCCAAUCGCGUGCGACAAGAAACGCGUUGCUGUGCCGCGUAACUGCGAACGGAAGUCACUUCGAGCAGCUCACAGACGGUAGCAUCAACACCGGCUUUCCCAGUUUCUCCAGCGACACAAAGUGCAUUGUAUGCCGCACGUGGGUAACCGUGCUGACGAACGGCAAAUCUUCAAACCACGAUAAUGUGCCCUUCUGGUCCCCCGAUAGCGAGAUAAUCGUCUUCACCCGCCGCGUCAGCUACAUCAACUUCGACAUUUGCACCAUCAAGCCCGACGGUAUGGAUCUUCAGGUUCUGACAACGAGCGGUGGGAACGAUGCGCAUGCUGUGUGGACCGCUGAUGGGCGCAUUUUGUAUUCGACGGCGGAGUAUGAGUUCAGGGGUGAGGCUGCGAUCUACGACAAUACGUAUCAACCGUAUGGGCAGAUUGUGACUAUGGAUGCGUAUGGGGGUGGGAAGAAGUCGUUGGUGGAUGGUUUGUGGGAGGAUUCCAUGCCGUUGUGCCGAAUGAGUGUCUAGAUUAGAUCCUCUCGCAAGGAUGCGACAACCAUCUCAUAGUUGCCAAACUGAGUGGCU